AUGGGCGGCUGGCAGGUCGUCGUCGCCGAUGGGCACGCGGUGCUGCCUGAAGGCAUGACGCACCUGCCGGAUGAGGCGUUCUUCGACCGUACCUCUCUCGUCUCGGUCGCCUUUCCGCGCAGCCUCACCUUCAUCGGCAACCGGGCCUUUUACAACUGUUCCUCCCUCAUCUCCAUCGACCUCCCCGCCAGCCUCGCCUCCAUCGGCGAGGGCGCCUUCUGCGGCUGCUCCGCCCUCUCCUCCGUCACCCUCCCUGUCGGCCUCACCUCCAUCGGCACCCGCGCCUUCGAAUACUGCUCCUCUCUCGUCUACAUCGACCUACCCCCCGCCCUCACCUCCAUCGGCAGCCGCGCCUUCGCCGGCUGCUCCUCCCUCGCCGCCAUCAAUCUGCCCGCCGGCCUCACCUCGAUCGGCAGCCGCGCCUUCUCCAGCUGCUCCGCCCUCUCCUCCUGCUGCUGCACCCUCGCCAACGUCGCCCUCCCCGCCGGCCUCGUCUCGAUCCGCAGUUACGCCUUCCACUGCUGCUCCUCCCUCUCCUCCGUCACCUUCCCUGCCGGCCUCACCUCCAUCGGUAUCGGCGCCUUCUGGGGCUGCUCCUCCCUCGGCUUCGUCACCCUCCCCGCCAGCCUCACCUCCAUCGGCAGCGGCGCCUUCGACCGCUGCUCCGCCCUGUCCCGCGUCACUUUCCCCGCUGGCCUCACCUCCAUCGGCAUGAACGCCUUCGCCGGCUGCCCCUCCCUGACCCGCGUCACCGUGCCAGACACUGCCACCAUCUCCACCGCCUUCCCUCCCGCCACCACUGUCCUCCGCCUCCCUCCCAAGAGGAUGCGCGACCUGCAGCGCUGGUACGAGGCGGUGGACGGGGCUCUGGCCUACAAGCGCUGCCGCCCCCUCCUCUACGGCUGGCUAGAGCGGGCCCAGACCGGGCUCGGCUCUUACGGCCCGGACGGCGCGGCGCGCCAGCGCGACCUCGAGGAGUUCGAGGGCGAUUUUGGGCUGCUUGUAGAGUGA